CCUCUUCAUCGCUUGCUUCCCUUUCUUUUUCACUUCCCUCUUGACUUCUGAUCGUCUGUCCAUCUUUGUUUCUCUGCUUCCAUGGCGGACGCCGGCUCCACCUCUGCAAAGAGAAUGUGGUGCUCUAUACCGGAAAGACUGCAACUCCACGGGGCCAUGCUGGCCUUGCAGUUUGGCUACGCUGGCUUCCAUGUGGUCUCCAGAGCUGCCCUUAACAUGGGCAUUAGCAAACUUGUGUUCCCAGUGUAUAGGAAUAUCAUCGCUUUGCUUUUGCUCCUUCCCUUUGCAUAUUUUCUAGAGAAGAAGGAGAGGCCGGCAAUUACUCUAAAUUUUCUCGUUCAGUUCUUCCUCCUUGCACUUGUUGGAAUCACAGCAAACCAAGGAUUCUACUUGCUGGGCUUAGACAACACAUCUCCCACUUUUGCAUCAGCAAUUCAAAACUCCGUCCCAGCCAUUACCUUUCUCAUGGCAGCCUUACUCCGGAUUGAGAAAGUACGGUUAGAUCGGAAGGACGGCAUCGGAAAGGUGAUCGGAACGAUAUGCUGCGUGGCUGGAGCGACAGUAAUCACUCUAUACAAAGGGCCAGCCAUAUACAGCCCAAAACCAGUACCACUGCAAAUCAGCACAAGCACACCUGCUUUUGUUUCGCUGGGGGAUGCGAAUGGCAAGAACUGGACCCUGGGUUGCAUCUACCUUAUUGGCCAUUGCUUGUCCUGGUCCGGCUGGCUCGUGCUGCAAGCCCCGGUUCUUAAGAAGUACCCGGCUCGCCUCUCCGUCACCUCCUACACGUGUUUCUUCGGUCUUCUACAGUUCGUGGUCAUUGCUCUCAUCUGUGAGAGAGACCCACAGUCUUGGAUUUUUCACUCUGGCGGAGAGCUGUUCACUAUCCUCUAUGCUGGUGUCGUGGCAUCAGGGAUUGCUUUCGCUGUACAGAUAUGGUGCAUUGACAGAGGUGGCCCCGUCUUCGUUGCAGUUUAUCAACCUGUUCAGACUCUUGUUGUCGCUAUCAUGGCCUCCUUUGCUUUGGGCGAAGAGUUCUACUUGGGAGGGAUCAUUGGGGCAGUGUUGAUCAUACUGGGAUUGUACCUCGUCCUCUGGGGAAAAAGCGAAGAAAGGAAGUUCAUUGCACUGGAAAAGGUUGCGAUUCAGUCCACUCCGGAGCACGGUAACAACAGAACAACAAGCCCCAUCAAGUCAUCCCUUUCUCAGCCACUGCUCCCACCAUCGUCAUCAUCAGAGAAUGUUUGACUCCCCAAUUCCUGACUUUUAACUACAGCUUUGCCUGGGGAAAAAAAAAAGUACUACCUGGCCUUAUAUCAGAAAGCUUGUGUGUGUAUGAUUUUUUUUUUUUUUUUUUAUUUUUUUAUUUUUUUUUUUUAUUUUUUAUGGCUUUUUUAGUAGGGGAGAGAUCGAGAGAGUAUUAAAGGGGGGAUGAAUAUGAUGAUCAUUGUCGCACAUGUGGGGCCAUGCAUGGGGCCUGAAAUCCCAUAUGGACGCUUUUUAUAUUUAUGGUUUGAUUUACUAAGAAAAGAUAUGCUCAUUAUGAAUGAAGCUAAUGCAGAUGAUCAUCAUUAUGGCAUGGAA